AUGCUUCCAAAAAUAUUGGGUUGUCGGAUGUUCCUUCGACAACCGUUCUUCUCACUUGCAAGAACGACAACAACGACAACCAUUUUGACGAAUCGGUCGCUUUUUGUUGGAUCUCCAUAUUUAACAUGGCUCGGAAUGGAUGGAACUGCACAGCUGAAUCAUUUUCAUACAUGUUUUAAAACACAUCAGGAUGUUAUUUUGAUUCAAAAUUCCUGCAAGGAAAUGAUUGAUAAUUCCCGAACUAUUUAUCAUGAAAUUAUCAAACGAUGGAAUCAACAAGAAAUUGAAAGAGAAUUAAAGGAAAUUAAACAACUUACAGAAAGUUCUAAUUUUUGGAGCUCUCCAAAUGCUCAAGAGUUAAUUUGCAAACAAAAUAUUUUGGAAGAGAAAUUAAAUUUUAUUGUAAAUACAAAUUCGGAAAUUGAAAACAAUGAAGAGUUGUUAAAAUUGGCUGUCAGUGAGAAUGACACUGAGAUGGUUGCACAUAUUCAACAAAUGAUGGAAGAAUUGCUGAAAAAAUUAGAGCAACGAGAACUAGAAUCAUUAAUGACUGACCCACAGGACAUUAAAGAUUGCUUUUUGGAAAUUCACACUGGAGCUGGUGGAGAAGAUGCCUCCGAUUGGUCACAAAUGUUAUUGAAAAUGUAUUUGAACUGGCUUAAAAAUUCUGAGCUCUCUUCAUUUCAAGUGUCUUUGGAAGAUAUUUCAUACAAGGAAGUUGGAAUUAGAAGUGCUCUGAUACAAGUCAUUGGAAAAUAUGCUUAUGGUUACUUGAAAUCAGAACAAGGUGUUCAUCGAUUGGUGAGAUUGUCACCGUUUGAUGCAGCACACAAGCGACAUACCUCAUUCAGUGCUGUGAGAGUUUAUCCAACAGCAGACAGCCAAGACUCAAAUUCAAUGUUUCAUACCAUUCCAGAAAAGGAUUUAAAGUAUGACACUGUUCGAGCAGCCACAGCUGGUGGACAACAUGCAAACAAGACUGAAAGUGGAAUACGAUUGACACAUUUACCAACUGGAAUUCAAGUACAAUGUAUUGCCUCACGAUCACAACAUCAAAAUAAGGAGCAAGCCUUCAAUCAAUUACGGGCUCGCUUGCAAAAUAUUGAACAAGCAAAAAAGGUGAAAGAAAUGAAGGAAAUUUCUCGCGCAGAAAUGGAAUCCAACCAAUUUGCAGGAAAUGUUAUUCGAUCUUAUGUAUUACAUCCUUAUCAAAUGGUUAAAGAUUCUCGAGCUCAAAUAGUUUUAAACAAUGCAGAAGACAUUUUGGAAGGAAAAGAUGCUAGGAGUUUUGACACAAUGAUCAAAGGAAUUUUAAGGAACAUUUCUUCAUCGGUAACCAACAACAAUGUUGUUAGUGAUGAUUAA